ACGUCACUCCCAUCUCAUGAAUAUUCAGUAAGAGGUUUGGGCUGCAUUCGUUUUAGAGUUUUUGACAGGCAGCCGUAAACGGAAGCAGGAAUUUCCGCUAGACUCUGGAAAAGCUCUUCAUCUUCUCUCCCGUUCAUCCUCCAAAAAGGCUAUAAAGUCCACAUAGGCAAAAGCUCAUGGACUGAAGUGACUGUCUGCAAUUUGAGCAAUUUAGCCAACAGCCAUUCUUUUAUUUAUCAGGUCUAGGACAAAACAGCCAUCAUGACUCACUCAAUGCUGCGACGGCAACUGAAAAACCUUGUUCAGAACUUCUCUGAGGCAGAGGUCAAGGUUCGAGAAGCGACUUCUAAUGACCCCUGGGGGCCAUCGAGCUCGCAGAUGUCUGACAUCUCGGAUCUAACCUACAAUGUGGUGGCCUGUAACGAGAUUUUGAGCAUGCUCUGGAAGCGUCUCAAUGAUGACAAGAAUUGGAGGCAUGUGUACAAGUCUUUAACCCUUCUUGAAUAUCUUUUGAAAACGGGGUGUGAGCGCAUCCCUCAGCAGUGUCUGGAGAACAUUCACAUUUUCAAAGUCCUGACAGAAUAUCGCUUCACAGACAAGGAUGGAAAGGACCAGGGGGUGAAUGUGAGAGAAAAGGCUAAGAUAGUGUUGGUGCUGAUUGAGGAUGAGGAAAAGCGGAAAGAGGAGAGAGAUUUUGCUAUGAAGACAAAAGACAAGCUGACAAAGGCUCCCAGUGCAUCCUCCGCUACAGGACCAGAUAAAGAAAAAGCAGAGAUCCCGCCGUAUACAGGGCUGCCAUCACUGGACAACAUCCCAUCCGUGGCUGACCUGACCGCCGCUAUGGCCAAGAAGAAGGAGGAGCAGAAACGUCUGGAGGCCGAGAGGAAAGAGGCAGAGAGACGGGCUAAGGAGGGUGACACAGAGCCAGAUCUUUGGGAAAAAGCAGUAACAGCAGCGCCUCCAUCCAACUCGGACCCUUGGGGUGCCCCAUCUGAUGCAUCCAACGAAUCCGCCCCUGCUAACAACGACCCUUGGGGGUCACCAUCUGAUGAUUCAAAGGAAUCCAGACUAGCUACCAAUGAUCCUUGGGGUGAAUCUGUUGAUGGGACGAACGGAUCUGCACCUGCAUCCAGUGAUGCAUGGGGAGCAUCUGUGAGUGCCAGGAAUAAUUCUUCACCUGCUUCCAGUGAUCCCUGGGGAGGAUCUACGAAUGUAGAGAAAAGUUCUCCACCUGCUGCGAAUGACCCAUGGGGCGAAUCUGCUGGAUUUUCAGAGGAUAAAGCCCCGUCAACAAACGAUCCCUGGGGGGCCUCACCUGAAAUGGUGAAAAACUCUGAUGCAGCAGUGUCAGAUCCUUGGGGAACACCUGCGGUUAGAAUACAGAAUUCAGCACCUGCAACCUCUGACCCCUGGGGGGCGCCAUUAGAAGCAUCAUCAGCUACAUCUGAUCCAUUUGGUGAUUGUUUAAAAGCAGAUAAUGACCCUUGGGGCACAGCAGCAUCUUCACCCCCUGCUGCGACUGACCCCUGGGGUGCCCCAUCAGCUCCAACUGAUGACCUUUUCGGUGACGGAGGCAGACCAGAUCCUUGGGGUUGUUCCUCUGAGAAUGGUGACACUGCUAAUGAGACUAAAAAGCCAGCGUCCUUCCUCGGAGAAGGUGCUUCAUUGGUGGACUUGGACUCUCUUAUGUCAGUCAAGCCCAAACCUAAACAGCCCCCUCUCAACUCCAUCCCCACCCAAAAAGCCCUGGGUUUUUUGUCAGAGGCAGGCAUGAACAGGCCUUUGGGCGGCAGCAUAUCCAGGGCAGGCGGUUCUACUGCACAGCCUUCAAACCCAAAUUAUUUUGGUUUUAACUCCACAACACCCUGUUCAAAUGGCCUGUCCCUAAACACAGCCUUCGGGGUGCCUGUCGCCCAUAUGGCAUCUCCUACCCAGAAUACCAGUCAUUCAGCUUUGACUAUGUCCAACAUGUGCUUUUCCAUGGCUAGCCCUAGAGUGGCCCAUCCCAGCACUGCAGGUACUCUUAUUGGUGAGUUGUGUCCUGUGUCCCUCACAGGAACAGUUGCCCCACAAGCUCCAGCUCUUCAGCAACCGCCAUUGGUUUGGGGCACUGGGGCUGCUGGGAAAGGAAAUAACAUUUUUUGAGUUCUCCAUCCAGCAUCCAUUCAUCCCUAGCCUUCUACUUUCCCCACCCCCUUCAUCAAUCCUAGUUGAUGAUGUGUGUAUAAGUGUGUGCAAAUAUUUAAAUAUUAAUGAGCAACAGUAUACCGUAAGUAUAUAAAAUAAUAUACUUUCUGUUUUGGGGAAAAAAGGCAUGCAUACUCCGGAGAGAUUGAAGCAGGAAUUUUGUAUGUUUUCUCUAAUGUUUUAGAAUUGGAAUAGUCAGAUUUUUGAUAUACAACGCCAUUCAGAAGAUUGGGGUCAGUCAUUUCUUAAUGCAUAUAAUUGAUCAAGUGACAGUAAAGACUUUUUGUUUUUAAAUAAAUAUGAAUGAUAUUAUAAGUAAGUAAUAAUAUUAAGCAUUCUAUUAAAUGUAAAAUAACGCUGUUCUUUUGAACUUCCUAUUCAUCAAAGAAUCCAGAGGGGAAAUGUGUUAUGAAACACACCUGUAUUCAACAUUGAUUAUAAUAAGAAAUGUUAAUAUUUCUUAUUUCCUUAAUUUCUCAUAAGAAGUAUUUAUCACUAGAUGCAGUCUUGUAGAGCAUAAGAGACUGCUUUCAAAAAUGUCAUUAAAAAAACUUACUGACCCCAAACAGAUCUGAUGAAUAGUUGUGUAUUAAAAAAUAAAUAAAUAAAUAAAUCAAAAAUAAACCCAACAAUUCCCAAAAUAACCAAGGAAGGAACCAAAUAAGAGACCUAGACAUAAAACCAUUAAGUUGCUUUUUGUUUGUUUGUAUUUUCAUUGCUGUCAAAAGUUUGCAUAAUCAUCAUUCUGUAUAACACACAGAAUUAUGCAUAUGUCUAGGGCUUUUAGUGACAUUCGAGUCAUAAACAUUUUUAAUGCAUUAGUUGAUUAUGUCAUAUGAAGAGGUAUGGGAUGUAUCAAAAAUGUGAGUGUCCUAAUACUUGAAUACUUAGUGAGUGAGUGAGUGAGUGAGUGAGUGAGUGAGUGAGUGAGUGAGUGAGUGAGUGAGUGAUGGAGUGAGUGAUUGAUGGAUUAUGUUGUUCUCUGGUAAAUAUCAAAACAAAUCUGCUGAAGGCAGCAAGUGACAAUCAUGCACAAUGUUUGUUGGGAAUUGUUUAUUGCAGUAAAUUAACAAUAUGAGAGGAUUUAUGAAGAGAAGUAUACAACUUUUGAAUACUGAUAUAAAGAAAAUAUUUUUUUCUGUAUAAAAUGGUUUAUGAAGACGCAUAUUCAUCAGACAUUUAUUUUUAUUAGUUUUUAUUUAUUUAUUUCAGACUGUUGUUUUGAUCCUGAUAUAUAUUCUGUCAUUCUGUCAGAAUUAUACUGUUAUUCUGUCAGUGAAGAAGGUAUUGAAAGAUAAGCAAAUGCCUCAUAAUUAGAUGAAAUUCAAAAGUAUAUGUAGAAAGCAUACUUUUCCAUAUUGACUACUAUAGGUUCAGUUACAGUUUUAUUUUCUAUUACGGAUUUAUUUAUUUAUUUAACCAGCUAUGGUAAACCUGUGGUGUUAACUGUGAAAGUGCACAAUUUAAGAAUAAAUUGACAAGAUCAUUGAAAAGUG